CUAGCCGCUGUUCACGUAAACAUGGCUUCACUCCAUGUCUUUGUUGUCCUGCUGGGGUUGGUCGUCCUGUGUCACUCUGAGUGCACAGUAAAGGGAUUAAGACUCAGGCAUCGUCCUCCUUUUUUUCCAAAGGGAUGUAGUUUUGCCGGAAAGAAGUAUAGCUUUGGUGAUCAAUGGGACCAUGAUUGCAAGUCAUGCAUCUGCUUACCUUUAGGCUCAGUGUGCUGUGACAUGUUCCCAAGUGCGCACUCCCUGCCACCAAUCUGCAGGCUGGAGGUGGACAAGAAGACCUGCGCUGUCAAGCUGGUGCUGAAGUCGGACAAGACAAAACCUUGUCCAAUUCAACAUAUCGUUAAGUGAUCUCUGAUUAGUCAGUAAUCAUGUUUGGCACAUGAGCCCAAACUUGAAAUACAUGGUGUUUCCAUCCAGUGAACAACCAAUAAACAAAGACUUGUCAAGCUUU